AUGCCCCCGGGGUACCCCCCAGCUCCCUGUUACCCCACCUUCUUGCCUGAACAGCUGCCACCUGGCACGCUCCACUACCAAGGUGAGUCCCUGUACUUCGAUGGUGGGCCCGCCGGGGCACCUGCUUUGGCGCUGACCGUGGCGGUGCUCACUUCUCCCUGUCCCACUCUAGAGCUGAUGCCACCGGGGAGCUGCCUGCCUGAGGAGACCAAGCCUAAGAGGGGACGCCGGUCAUGGCCAAGGAAAAGGACGGCCACGCACACCUGUGACUAUGCAGGCUGUGGCAAAACCUACACCAAGAGCUCUCAUCUCAAGGCGCAUCUGAGAACCCACACAGGCGAGAAACCUUAUCACUGUGACUGGGAAGGCUGUGGAUGGAAGUUUGCCCGAUCUGAUGAACUUACUCGUCACUAUAGAAAACACACAGGCCACCGCCCUUUCCAGUGCCAGCGGUGUGACAGAGCAUUUUCCAGGUCGGACCACCUCGCCUUACACAUGAAGAGGCACUUUUAAUUGGAAGUAGUGGAUCUUUCCCCGACUGCUGUAGAGAUUCAGUAUUUACAGCACAAGGACCAUCUUCUGCAAGAUGGGGAAAACGCAGUUUAAGCACUACCGAUAAUCGAGGUGAAGUCUUCCAAAGAGUGGAAAAGAGGGAUAAUUACAGACAUUGCAACCUUUUAAUAUAUGUACACUUAAAAUAAAAAAAAAAACUAAACCAAAACCUUUGGGGUCAAUGACUGGAUAUUCUAUCAUUCCAUUUGUAAAUCCAACUUGAAUUAUUUCUGGACUACAAAAUGCCAAGGAGUGACGGGAAGUCACGGAUAUCAGGGUUAAACAGACUGUGUGUAGUUCGGAGGGUGGGGAUAUUAUACAGGGAAAUGAUCUUCCCUUAAUUUUCUUUCAAUGCAAUAUUGGAUGUAAAUGUCAUCGUGUACUUUUUUUUUCCCUCCUUCUAAAAGCCAUUAUGAUGUUAAAAGAGGAGGAAAAAUUCAGGUACAGAAUUAUAUUUUCAAAGUUUGUGGUGCUUAGUGACUGUUGGUUCUAGAGGUACCAAAACCAGGAAGCCAAAGUUCUCAAACUGCUGCAUAUGUGACAAGGAAAUACUUUUUUUUUCUUCUGAUUGCUGAUUAUGACCUAAAUCAGGUAAAUAAACCUGGUUUAUCUUUUUUUUUUUUUUAGAAAAUAACUUCAUGCAGACAGUCUGUAAUGCACUGUGGUUUCGAUGUGCAAUAGUUUGUACAAUGUUUUAUUCCCAAAUAUGCCUUAAGCAGAACAAAUGUUUUCUAUAUAGUUCUUCACAUAAUAAAUAUGUAAUAUAAGUUUAAGCAAACUUCUAUUUUGUAUAUUUGUAAACUAUGAAGUUAAAAUGAACUUUUUGUUGGAAUUUGUAUUUUGCAUAUUCAAGUGGAAAAUAAAUUUUAAAUAAACUUAUAAUAUU